AGUCACCUGGCGUCUCGUUUCGCUCGCUCGUUAUAACCGGAUUGUAACUGUAAAAAUAUCGCCGCCAAUUGAUAGUUGGUAGUCCUCGUUUAUAUCAUAAAGUUUUCACAUCGUUUAAAGUUUUAACGUUGGAUUUGGCAUCAUGGUGAAAACGAAAAAACGCUCCUUUACCAUUGCCGAAAAACUGGCCAUCAUCGAGGACAUAGAGAACGGCCGUUCCCAAAGAUCCGUCUGCCGCAGCCUCAACCUCAACAGUUCGACCGUGAGCUGCAUCUGGCAGAGCAGGCACAAGAUCAGAAACGACAGCUUCGUGAGCGGCCACCAGAAAAAAAUGAGAACGUCGAAGCACCCGCAAGUCGACGAACUACUGUACAAGUGGUACCUGCAGCAAACAGCAGAUGGGUUAGCCGUCAACGGGCCCAUGUUACAAAGCAAAGCCGAAGAAUUUGGCAGGAUGAUCGGUGACGAAUUCAACUGCAGUAACGGAUGGCUGGACCGAUUCAAGAAACGACACGGGAUGUGUAAAAAAACAGAAGAUGAAAAUGAGAAAAAAGAGGAAGAAAAUGAAAGUAAUGAUCAAUCAACCAGUGACGAUUGGCUUACGGAUGUAUGGCCGAAUAUUAGUGGGAAUUACACUAAAGAUAACAUAUUCAGUGCAGAAGAAAUGGGCUUGUUUUAUAAAGUCAUGCCAGAGAAUGCUGAGGAAUACAGAAACCAAACUUGUGCUGCUGGUGAACUUGCUGAAGACCGUCUUACAGUUCUGCUAUGCGUUAAUGCUGCAGGGAAUGAGAAAAGAAGGUUAUUAGUUAUAGGAAAGAAUGUAAAUCCAGACCAUUUAAAACACAUUCAACGACUACCUAUCGAUUACUAUGACGAUAAAAAAGCUUGGAUGACUCCAACUAUUUUUGAAGACUACCUGAAAAAAUGGGACAGUGAACUGAUAAAGAAGAACAAAAAAGUAUUAUUCCUGGUUACGAACAGCCUAGCCCACCCACAAGUCAAAUUACGAAACAUAAAACUUCAUUAUUUCUCUCCAGGUAUGAUUUCCACCUUACAACCACUGCACCAAGGCAUCAUUUCCAGCUUCAGGCAACUGUACAGGAAGUACAUGCUAUUAAAAGUCGUGGAGUAUCAAGAGAAUAACAUCAGUACAACCAUCACUCCUCCGGAAGCCAUAAAUAUACUGAGUGUAGCUUGGAAGAAGUUUUGUCCAGAAAUUAUUAGUAAUUCAUUUUGGAGUGCUGGCUUAUUCGAAAAUGACACCGAACAGAUGUUCACGGACUUCGAUAACAGUUUCCUGGUCGAGUGGUUAAAUGUAACGGGAUCAUUGGAACAUAACCAAUUUGAAGAGUAUGCUAGUGUUGACAGUGCUUUGGUAACUAGACAGGAGAAUGAUGAAAGUGAAUCUAUAAAAGAAGAAGAAAUAGAAACUGAUAAUGAAGAAACAAACAAAAAUGUGGUGACGACCCAGGAAGCUUUGCUCAGUCUCUACAAGCUAAGGCAGUAUUUUCUGCAAAGUGAUAAUGAUGAUUUAAUAGUUACAAAUUUAAACGAAAUUCAAGAAUCGUUACAGAACAGAUACAUUAAAGAUAGUGAUACCCAAAAGAAAAUUGCUAAUUUAUUUGUUAACUGAUAAAACUUUAAUGGUGAUGUUUCUUUCAAAUCAUGUUGAAUCAAAUUCAGUACUUAUUGUGUUAAGUAUGAAUUUUGUUUAUUAAUCUAUUAUUAUCUAAAUUUAAAUGUUAUUUUAUAAAAAGAAAUAGAAAAUAGAAGUUGGUUUGUUUUAUGUUUGGAUUUAAAAUAAAAAUAUAUGUGUGUAUUUCAAGCAUGUGAAGAUAUGUGAGGUAUUACAUACAGACUUUUAUAGGCUAAAUAAUUGUUU